UCUGGGUGUCAACGAUCUAAGAGACUUGGCAUUUGCUCUUUACCUGCUGACAGGUGUGGUUGAAGGAAUAAUGGCAACAUUGUUCCUGCUGAUGAUUUUAGCUCUUCUGGAGCCCUCUGCACAUAUGUCUGUUUCCACGGCUGUCAAUGGAACAGUGAACAGUGAAGGACAAUGUGUCUGUACAGUGAUAUUGCCUGAUAACACAUUCCCAGUGGAAAAAAUGGAAUAUUUGGAAACAACAACAACAGAGCUGAGUAUCAGUAUCCAAAGUGAGAUCACCAAGGUACAACAAUACGCACAGAUUAUCUCAGUCCACAUCGUGAAGCUGCGAAAUCUGACCCAGCGAGUCGAGAGUAUCGAGGCAGGAGGCUCCUACACUCAACUCGACUUUGAGCUGCUUAAACUGGAGAUCCAAGAGCUGGUGUCACUCACCAAUCAGCUGAAGGUCACGAUCAACGGAAGCAACACCAUCAUCGACCAACUUUACAUAGAGAUUCAGAACAUAUCAAUCAUCGUGCACCAGUUGGAAUCAUACGACAAGAACAACGUCCUGCAGAUCCGCAAGGAGAUUACAGCACUGAAGGAGCGACUGGCAGAGUGCGAGAAGAACCGGGUUCCAACAACCACUCCACCGAUUGAUUACAGGAGCUGCAAGCAUGGUGGACUCCUCAAUAUAACCGAGCCUUUUGUGACACAGCUGAACUGGUUGGGAUCAAGUUACAGAUAUGGAGCAUGGGGCAAAGAUCCUGCUCCCCUACCAACUAAAAAUGAACUGUACUUUGUGAUUGCAGACAACUAUGAAAGCCAAUUUGAUAACUUCCGAUUACACUCUUCAUACGAUGAUUUACUGAUCUACAAAAAUUCAAUUAACAAAAGACUUGGGUAUUCUAGCAGUUCCAACAAAGCACAGGGAGGUGGGAUGGUUUUAUACAAUAACUCCAUGUAUUACAACUGUUACAACAGUAGGCAAAUGUGCAGGUUUAAUGUAGACACAAACGUGGUGGAGAGAUCAACACUGGCAAAUGCAGUCUACGCCAACCGAUUCUCUUAUCAGGGUGUUAAUUACCAGGACAUGGACUUUUCUGUGGAUGAAACUGGCCUGUGGGUCAUUUACUCCACUGAACAAAAUGCUGGGAAUAUAGUUCUUAGUAAAAUUAACACAACAUCCUUCACUGUGGAGAGGACAUGGGUCACUAGACAGUUCAAACCUGGUGUGACCAAUGCCUUUAUGAUCUGUGGGGUGCUGUAUGCGAUUAGACCAGUGAGCACACGAGUGGAGGAGAUUUUCUAUACAUUUGAUACCAGAACUGGUGAGGAAGGUACGCUUGCUGUAAAGAUGGAUAAGGUGAUGGAGACAUUACAGAGUGUUAGCUACAACCCCUCUGAUCACAAACUGUAUGUCUUCAAUGAUGGCUACCAGGUGAGUUAUGAUGUGAUAUUCAAACCUGAUCAAUAAUUAUCAGUUGAAGCAGAAUAACACUCAAUCACCUGUAACCAUGAACAAAGCAAUCAGCAGAGGCCGGAAAUCAUUGGGGAAAUCAGGGUCUGGAUUUGAAUUUCUGUAGCUGAAUCUCAAUUUGUAUUUCACAUCCAAGUUAAUGUUAAAGUUAAAACAGCAAAAACCCAUGCUACUGAAAACAAAUCACUCAAUGCCUUGCAAGUUGAGACCAAUUCUAUUUAUAAGCAUCCAGUAUUCUGAUUGUGAUGAUGUUUUGUGCUGGGACUAAUUGCAAGAGUCAGAAGGUUACUGAUCCUAGGUUGCAGCCUAGGGUUUGGAUGACUGUACAAUCAAUGUUACACCACAUCCUGUGAUACAAUUCCACUCCUUUUAUAUCCCAUAAGGUUUACUGGGCAAGUGGUAAAGUCAACAUGAAGAUGGUUGUCUUAAUACUAAUGAUCACGUCAGUAUACUGAACAACAGUCCUAGCUUGACUGGGGGCUAGGUGUUGAUGGUUGGAAACUCAGGCCUGGUGGAGACAUUAACUUAUUUCUGAAUCUGUUACUAUCACUAAUUAUCAGAUGUAAUGUAAAGUGCUUAUGGAGAAAUUAUAUUGCAAAGCCACAAAUUGAUUGAUAAAAGCAAAAUCUACAAGUCUGUUGCAUGAUUUUAUUCUGCCUUUUAUUUUCAGACAUUCAUUCUUAUCCAAACAUUUGUAUGUUUCCCCUUCCAAUCUUUACCACACUUUGGCCUCGUGCACCAGCUGUGGUGACACUUGGUGGGGCUGUUGCAAUGAUCUCAAUGCAUCCUAAAACAGUUUCUUCCCAAUCCCAGCCUCCUUUGGAACUCCAAUGAAUUGGUUAGAAAUGGGUGAAUUCAGCAGAUUUAUUAAAUACUUGGAUCAAUUUUAUAACUGAUGACCUGAAAUAGACAGCUGG